GUGGCGAGCGAGCGUGGCUUCCAGGGAUCGCACGUGGCACCUGAACAUGACGUCACACUUUUGAGGUUAACUUUCACUCUCGGACCAUUUUCUAUCGCCUUCCUCGUCCCUCGCCAGCCAGCCAGCCAGCCAUUCAUGCGCCACCCUCCCCGCGCGUCGUAUCUACCUGUACUUGGACCUGUAUGUGUGUGCGUGUGUGUGUUUGUGCGUCGAGACUCGUGUCUAGCUGUCCUGCCGUCCCUCCAGCACCGCACCUCUCGCCAGUGUAAGAAGUGACCCUCAGCAGGACACAGCAACCCGCCUCUACGCUGCACCAACAAUCUAAGCGUCCCUUUGUGCAACUCCAGUACAUUGCGUCUUACAGCAUCACCAACACUAGCUACAGCAGCGGCUACAGAUACAAUAGGGGAACAACAACAGGAACAGCAGCAGUAAAUCACAGCAACAGCAUGAACACCUGGUUUGCUUUGUUUCUACUGGUGACGGCGGGACUGGCCUUCACCUCGGCCUUCCCGGAGAAACUGGAAGCCCUCGAGGACAACCUGGAGGAUGAUGAAUAUGAGGAAGAGCCAAAGAGACCCUACAGUUUCUCGUGGGCUGCCGCUCGCCACUACAACGGCGACCCGGACCGCGAGCACCAGGAGCAGCGAGGCGAGGAUGGCAUUACCCGCGGCGUUUAUAGGUAUGUUGACCCUCGACUUAGAGUACAAGAGGUCGUGUACUAUGCUGACGACCAAGGCUUCCACGUGGACGCCUCCAAUCUGCCCAAGGACACAGCAGCCGUCCAGAAUGCCAAGACGCAUCACGAGGAACUCUUCGAAAAGAUACGACAGGAACACGCUCGCAUCGCAGCCGAGAGGGCGCUGCUGGAGUCCCAGGAGAACCAGUAUGUUGAUCCUCGAGACAGAGUACAAGAGAUCGUGUAUUAUGCUGACGACCAAGGCUUCCACGUGCAGCGAGCCUCCAAUCUGCCCAAGGAAACAGCGGCCGUCCAGAAGGCCAGGAAGUAUCAUGAGGAGCUCUUCGAAAAGAUCCGACAGGAACACGCUCGCAUCGCAGCCGAGAGGGCGCUUCUGGAGUCCCAGGAAAAACAGUACCAAAUUUAAAUGACUCACGGACAACGACCCUCCCUGGAACUUCACCACUUGAUGGAGAGAAAAAAUUUUUAGAGCGCGAUUCUUGGAUCUUGCUGAGAAAAAGAGGAACAAAAAGAAAUUAAUGAAAAUGUGUAAUUUCAUCAUGCUUAAGAACGGUCACGUGACUUAGCACAUUAUAAUAAUUAAUUCGUCGGGUUUUCAAUGCGCUACAAAAAUAUUAGCAUCAUCCCAGAGGAAGAUUGUGACGUGUCCGGUGUUGGAGAGCAGGGGGAGGAUGAAUGUUCCCAUAUUACAACAUUAUCUAUGUGCCUUAUUUGUAUUAUUACAACUAAAACAUUUACAUAUUACUUUGUUAACUUAUUCAGUAUUUUCUUCUUUUUUCUCGCUAGGUGGUUAGUGGUUAGUGAUAGGAUAUGGUAAAUAUGUAAGCUCUGCAUCCCCGUCAUUACUCAUAGUAUCAUCCGUCAGGUUUUGCAGGACUGUCAGCAGAUCAGAGGACUUACGACAGAGUGAAAUCGCAAAAUACAAUGGAAGCGAGUCAGGAAGAUCAUUUCUGACUACGACUGAACAAUGCAGCACGUGUCACCUAAACAUGGGCACAACGUCCAGCGUAUCACUAAGAUUCUCAGCCAGUCACCAUUGUUUUACAUCCCAGUGGUAGGCAGACUUAUCUUUUCAGGUACAGAGAUACUUCCAGAACAGCGUGGCGAAAGAAAGGCAGCCUAAAGAUGAGAUCUUUGUACAGUCGUUAUCAGAAUAUUCGAACUACCUUCUAGUCUUGUUUCCACUCAAUUCACUAAGCCAUUCCAACCAGCGUCUCGGCAUCUGGUGACAUCUGGAACCUUUUUUGUAUUCCUCCGCGUGCAUUCCAGCGUCUUUUGUUAGUCGUGGACCAAGCCCGAUCUAGUGUUUUGUGUAUUUCUUUCAAUCUUAAAUAAUCUAAUAUCGUGAAAAUCUGUUGGUUUCGCUGGUUUUUCUUCCUUUUAAUAGUUCAGUAGACUAAAGAUUAAAAUAAUAAUGCAAAACACAACGGGAAUGAGUGCAAAAGGCUGCUCAGCUUGUGACUAAGGUUGUGCCAAGAGACCUGUGAACCAUUAUUAUAGUCGAUUCAUUUCACGUGUAUUAGCUCAUGCCAUUACAUGAAUAUUGCUAUUGCUUGGAAUGCAUCACUCACCAGCAUCCCGUCAUCACUUCUCGCUUCUCUUGCAGCGUCAUCUAGUCGAGAUUCUGUGCAUCGUUUGAGUUUAGAAUUCAACUUCCCCGUGGGAGAAGAGAAUAAUUCAUUACUCCAGUGCUCGCCUUAUACAGUGCAUCACCUAUAAGCUAAACUUUAUACUAUUCUCUAUCUAUAUCAUAUUAUGUGUUAUAACUUAUGUAAAUUAUGCAUUAAGUAGGUAAUAGUUAUAUCAUGGACCGCAUUCUCAAACGUUUCAGUGCUUUAUCCCCACUUCUUUUGACAGGGUCAAGUCGAAAUUAUUGAAAAGUGUUCUCUCCAUUCGAAUGAUACUUUAAUAAGGUUCUUUAUCAUCAGUCAAAAAAAAAAAAAAAAAAAAAACAUGGGAACGUGAUUACUCAUCUCUAUGACCUUUGAAAAUAAUCCCAGUGAGAGGGCAAAAUGUUCCAAAGUUCGAAUCCUCGUCUCCAAAUUCUGCUUCAUAGCUUCCUGUGCAGAGUUGUUCCUCAAGGAGUGGCAUUGUAGAUAACUCUUUAGCUUGAAUUCUUAAACGCGUUAGCUUCUCAUAAGGACUAUUGGAGUUUUCACGGCGUUUUUCCCACUGAUGAUGCAUAAUACUCGUAAAGUUAUGACUAGAAUCACGAAAACACCUUCGAGGUCAAAAUAACUUCCAAUGGUAUUUUCAAAGUGGUCAAGAUGAGACACCAGAAUGUUUGAGAACGCGAUCUUAUGUAAGUCCCAGAGGAGGAGAUGGUGACAUGAGCGACACGUUUGUAGCAUUGUGACAAUAAAGGCUGUUAUCGUA